GUGGCCUUGUUCUCUGCCUUUCUCUUCUCGUAGCGGAGGCCCCCCUGCCCUGGUCUUGUCACCCUCCGGCCCGCAGUCUCCUUGAGACCGAGCACCAUGCCUUCAAUUAAGUUGCAGAGUUCUGAUGGAGAGAUAUUUGAAGUUGAUGUUGAAAUUGCCAAACAGUCUGUGACUAUCAAGACCAUGUUGGAAGAUUUGGGAAUGGAUGACGAAGGAGAUGAUGACCCAGUUCCUCUACCAAAUGUUAAUGCAGCAAUAUUAAAAAAGGUCAUUCAAUGGUGCACCCACCACAAGGAUGACCCCCCUCCUCCUGAGGAUGAUGAGAACAAAGAAAAGCGAACAGAUGAUAUCCCUGUUUGGGACCAAGAAUUCCUGAAAGUUGACCAAGGAACACUUUUUGAACUUAUUCUGGCUGCGAACUACUUAGACAUUAAAGGUUUGCUUGAUGUUACAUGCAAGACUGUUGCCAAUAUGAUCAAGGGGAAAACUCCUGAGGAGAUUCGCAAGACCUUCAAUAUCAAAAAUGAUUUUACUGAAGAAGAGGAAGCCCAGGUACGCAAAGAGAACCAGUGGUGUGAAGAGAAGUGAAAUGUUAUGCCUGACACUGUAACACUGUAAGGAUUGUUCCAAAUACUAGUUGCACUGCUCUGUUUAUAAUUGUUAAUAUUAGACAAACCGUAGACAAACGCAGCAGCAAAUCAGUUGUUUUAGCAGAAUAUUGUCCUCCUUGCACGUGUAGUUUGAGUACAGAUUCCAAACUUAUGGCUGAGUUUCUUCCAGUAUGAUCAAAAGUUUUUGUUUCUUCACUCUGAAUAAAACUCAACUGUGGGUUCGCUAUAGAAGGUGGCAUUUUGGGAUUUCCCUCUCUGUAAAAUGUUUUCCACCUAGUUUAUUGUCAUUUAAUGUUAGUUUAAUAACCUUUUAAAAGUUGGCAUUGUAAAUAAAACAAGUUGCAAAAAGUUUUCUGAA